AUGGUCCAGGGAGAGAGGGAAACGCUAAAAAAAUUCAUGCAUCGCUUCAACGCCGCGAUCCUAGAGGUCCGCAACCUGGACAUGAAGGUAGCGUUGGCAGCCCUGACCACAGCUCUUCAACCCGAAAGCUUCCUAUACUCUUUGGGAAAAAAUCCACCGAUUGAUAUAGGGGAGUUGAUGGCCCGAGCACAGAAGUACAUCAACUUAGAAGAGAUGAUGGACACCAAGGGAAGUCGCAUUGAGCUGAAUAGGAAAGGGAAUAACCGGGAGAUGGGUGAAUCCUCUAGAUCCGCGAAGAGACAAGAGGCUACUACGCUGCUCACUAGCCCUAAGAUGAGAGGGCAUGACACAAAGGAAUGUAUUCAGUUGAGAAACAAGAUUGAAGCCCUGAUAAAAAGGGGAUACCUAUCAAGGUUUAUCAAGAAAGAAGAUCCACAAAGGGAACCUCGCGACCAAAGGAGACCCAACGCGAACAAGAAGGAAGAUCAAGUCAUAGGGGAAAUUGCAGUGAUCUUCAGAGGAUCUGCUAGUGGAGGAGAUAGCGGGGGCGCUCACAAAAGCGGAGACGAAGAAGGGGUACAACAACCACACAACGAUGCGCUGGUACUCUCCCUGUUGGUGGCGAACUACAAAGUUAGGCGUGUAUUAAUAGAUAACGAGAGUUCGGAGAACAUCAUGUUCUGGUCAGUACUUGAAGGAAUGAAAAUUGGAAAAAAACAACUCAAACCAAUCUCAACCCCCCUGGUUGGAUUUGGUGGGGAUGUGGUUCAUCCCGUAGGGACAAUCACACUACCUGUGACAAUAAGGACGACCCCACAGCAAGUUACUUCGUUGAUAGAGUUCUUGGUGGUUGACCGGCCUUCGGUAUACAAUAUCAUAUUGGGCUGCCCUUUACUUAAUGCAGUCCUGGCUGUAACAUUGACAUACCACCUCAAGAUGAAGUUCCCUACUCCACUCGGGACAGGGGUGGUCAAGGGAGAUCAAGCAGUAGCUCGGAAUUACUACGUUAUUGCCUUGAAAGGAAAAAUGGAGGCGAGAGAAACCUUAACUAUGGAAUAUCUAGAAGUAAGGGGGCAAUAUCCCCAAAUCAACACAGUAGAUGAAGAUAUCGCUCACGUACCUCUAAACGGCCACCAAGAGAGAUCUGUGCAUAUCAGGAGUCGCCUGCCUGACACCCUGAGAGUAGAGCUAAGCAAGCUACUGAACGAAUUCGCAAACGUGUUCACUUGGUCUGCCGAAGAUAUGCAAGGCAUUGAUCCUGCCAUCAUAGAACAGAGGUUGUAG